AUGUCCACCCUUCUUAGAUCCUUGCGUGAUCAAACACUAUCCCCGAUGCCAGCUGGAACCUCCACUUAUCACCAAGAUUCUCUUCUUCAUGUCGAGCGACAAGCGAAAUACAUACAGCGCAAUCUACAAGUCCUGAUCGAUGCUCAAAGUGACGGUCUGCUCUCUGGUCUGGCUGGGUCUCGAACAGAUCAGGUUUCUAGCGAUGCCUCCACUCCCUCCCCCAUGCUCAAUGACGCCCAAUUGCACUCCCCUGUGACGGUGCCCGCGAGACAACUCGCUCCCAAGAAAAUCAGUCUGCGCUCUGCUCGCGAGGGCAUAUUCCAAUCAAUCUAUGACCUGCUCAAGUUGCGGGAGGAAGAGCGAGAUAUUAUCACAUCCCAGUCCGACGAAAGGUCGACUGGUCUUCAGGAUAUUCAGAACUUCGUCUCGAAAAGGACUGGUCUUGAAGAGGCAAUGACUACUAUACAUGGCAAUGACGAAAGUCGGCGCUCAAAACAACUAGAGGAAGAGGCCCAACACCUCCAAACUGACAUUCAUGAGAUGGAAACCAGGCUUUAUGAGAUGAAAGCUAAACACCGACAUCUUGUCAGCGAAAUCUCACAUAUUAACAACUCGGUUGACGCCAAGUUGUCUUCAUAUACUGAAUCACUCUCCUUACUCGACUCCGAUAUUCGCAAGUACCUACGUGAUCCUCCGAUUCAAUCCCUGUCACGUCAACCUGGUGAAUCCACGUUCCAUUCUCUGAACCCCAAGCGCCGCACCCUUGACAUGGCGCAGGAGCUCUGGAAGAGCGAGCAAGUGAGUUUGCACAGUAGACGACAAGAGGUGGAUGCAGAGAUCCACGCCCUGGAAGAGGGCGGCGGUAUUUGGAAACAAGCAGUGUUUGAUAUCACUAGUUUUGAGAAACGCUUACGAGCCAACAUGCGACACUUUGUGGAGAUGGCAACGACUGAGGCCGCAUCUGGGUCGGAGGAUUACAAGGAUGGACUCGUCAAGAGCAUUUUGGACGAUUUGGAUAAAACCACUCACCGGGUCGAAUCUCAUUUGGAGCUUGCGGAGACCAAAGACUGGAAACUUUUGGUCUGCUGCAUCGCAGCCGAGUUGGAGGCCCUGCGAGAAGCAAGGGGUCUGCUUCUACCCGCCUUCGGUUUAUCCGCGCAGGAACAAGAUGCACCCCUAACCUCUCCGGGCCAUGCCGAAGAUCAAGACCCAGAGCAUGGCGAUGAUCAUGCAGAUCCGCUUGAGAACGAUGACCCUGAACCUCCAGCAGACCUUCUUCAAGAUUCACAUCACCAGCAUUCGGAUGCUGCGUCUAGAUCAGAUGAUGACGAGCCAGAUCCGUCCUGGUUGUCUUGA